AUGAAAUACGCCCCAGACUUUGAAUCCCUACCAAAUGAACCUAGUACCUACAACCGCCAGUUCAAAAUAUCUGGCCCUCUGGGAAGCCGUUCCUGGUGGCUUCCAUCACCAGCACGUCGAGGAUUGUUCUGCUAUCUUCUCGCCGCUUUAUACACUCUCGCUCCAGUUGUCCACUCUGCCGUCGCUGUCGAACCUGGAGCAUCCGGUCAGUUAUCUCAACUAGCAAAUAACCCUCCAUUUCCCUGGGCAUCGACCAACGAGGACUCUGGGACGUUGACACCGGUCACGAACCCGAUGCAAUUGGGCGAUGGAAAGGAGGAGCAAGACGCCCUGCAAAUGAUGGCCUUUAUGAACGACGCGAGCAAGACUGACUCAACCUCCACCUCAAAAGACACAAUGCAAGAUGACAGCACCCUGCGAGUGAUGAUCGUAGGUGACUCCAUGUCCCAAGGAAAAGAAGGGGAUUACACGUGGCGGUAUCGAAUCUGGGAGUGGUUCCGGGCGCAACACAUCGCCGUCCAGCUGGUGGGCCCUUACACGGGGACCGCGCCGUCCGAACCGCAGGCCCACGGGGAGCACCAAACCACGCUGGGCCAGCCCAAGACCAGCGGCGGGUACGCCCCGGACGUGUCCCCAGACUUUGAUCGCCACCAUUUCGCCGUGUGGGGCCGCACGGCUGCCAUCGACAAGGACUUGAUCUUCGAUGUCCUCAGCGCACAUCAAGCAGACCUGAUAUUGUUGAUGCUGGGGUUCAAUGACAUGGCUUGGUUCCAGAGUGAUGCAUCGGGCACCCUGGACAGUAUCCGUACGCUGGUUAUCAAUGCCCGCGCCGCCAACCCAAACCUCAAGUUCGCUAUCGCCAAUGUUCCCCAGCGCAGCUUAAUCCCGGGUCGUGAGGAUAUUCCGUUCAAUACUAAUAUCUAUAAUGCGCUGCUACGGAAUGCCAUCCCAGCGUGGAGUACUGCAGAUUCGCCUAUUCAUCUGGUCGAGCUGCAGGAGAACUACGACUGUGGGCCAGAUUCAUGUCCCGCUGGUUACGACGGACUGCAUCCAAAUGUUGUGGGCGAGUAUCAGAUUGCUCGUGCUUUCAGUCUCACCCUGGUGAAGGACUACGGAUUUGGGGGAUCGCCGUUAAUCAUUCCUGAUAAUAUUCCGGAAAGACCUCCCUCAUUGUCGUUCAACUUUUGA